AUGACCGCAGGGAAAGUGAUCGGUGAUGUGGUGCAAUACCGCCUGGAUACUUCUAUUGCAAGUGGUGCCUUCAGCACUGUGUGGCGGUGCUCGGAGCUCUCAUCGGGGCGCACCUACGCCGUGAAGAUCGUGGAAAAGAAGGCGGCCCUUCGGAACAAGAUGACGGGGGCCCUUAUUCGCGAGGUCAACGCACUCGAGAUUGCUGGGAGCUCUCCCUACGUGACUAGGCUCGUGGACAAGAUGGUAUCCAAGCACAACUACUACCUUGUCAUGGACCUCGCCGAGGGUGGAACGCUGCUGGAUAUAAUUCGCGAGCGACGCCAGGAGUUGAGGCAGCUGCAGGUGUCGUCAUCCAGUGGCUGCUCUGUGAUGGACUCGCUGCAGUUGUCGGCCAUGCUGUUCAUGCCGUACGAUCGCGUGCGGUACUACUUUAAGCAGCUGCUGCUGGCGCUGUCCGCGCUGCAUGACCGCAACAUUGUCCACCGCGACGUCAAGCCGGAGAACAUUCUGCUGAACAAGCAUCGAACACGAUUGUUGCUCUCUGACUUUGGGUUUGCGUGUCAUUCCAUGCUUGGCGCUCAGCUGCACCGCGCAUGCGGUACGCUGAAGUACUGUGCCCCUGAGCUCCUUCAUGAGCACCCUUCCUACGAUGGUCGAAAGGUCGACGUCUGGGCCGCUGGCAUCACUCUUUACAUGAUGCUCUUCGGCGGGUAUCCGUACCGCUGCUCGCGCGGCGACCCCGAUGCGUUUCUGGAGGUGAUCGAGACGACCACAUAUCGCAUUCCACGCCCCAUCCCGGCUUUGAUCGAGGACAUUUUGCAGCACAUGUUGUGCAUAGACUCGGCCCAGCGCUGGUCUGUGAAACAGCUUCUGCAGCAUCCGUGGAUAACCGGAUUGGAGCUGCGUUCACCAUCUGCGAGCCCGGCUACCUCGGUGAUUGCUUUGUCUGCAGAGGUGCUGGUGCCGCCCGCCGUCAGCGUGCCGGAUACCGAGGGGGCGAUUACUGAGAUGCCCUCCGAGGACUGCCCACCCGUGGACUCCUUGCCGUCCGACGAGGACGACGUCGACGACGGCUUCUACCAGAGCAUUAAUCAUGAUCAGCUGAGCAGCAGCGUAAGCAGCGGCCUCAAUGGCAGCACCAUUUCGACACACCAGUCUCGGGAGCGGUCCUCGCUUUCUGAAUCACGGCGCUUGCACAGGGAGGCCUUCCCCCUCGCCGUUUCUCCCGCCUCGCCGCUUCAUUGCGGAGACCCCGCCGUUGUGCAAGGUGGCGAACCGGAGACGCCUGGCGCAUCGAAAGCGCUUGGCUUACAGCCGCCCACCGGGAACUCGCGCACGUGCGCCAAGGAAGAAAUCCUUAAGUACGGGAUUGAGUUCACCUCCUUGACCUCUAUCGAGAGCUUCGUCGCGAGCGGCGAUGAGGGGGAGACAGACGACUCUGAAGACGAGGGGCGCUUCUGGGAGGAGAUGCGUGAGGGUUCCGCGACUAGGGACCACCUCGGGAACGCCACCAUGAGCAGCAGCCUCUACACACGAGCUUCGGACGCGAGCGAUGCGCAACAAAGUGGACUGCGGGGUCUGUGCUCAUACGGCCUGUGGCUGACCGCGCGCAUGGCCGCCUACCUCGUUUCCUUCAUCGCGGUUCAUGUUGUGGCCGUGGCGCUGCGUGUAUUUUUGAAGCGCGACAUCAUCGAUCUCCCCUUGCCAGAAGGCAUACGUGACUACAUCUCCUUUCUCUACACCCCCCUGCACCGGCCCCAUGCGCACCUCAGCGGCGCGGCACCGAGACUUCGCCAUUCGCGUGGCGGGUCCUCUACCGCCUCGGCGCUCGCGCUUCGCCAGAAAGGUAGCCACGGUGACAGUAGCGCUCGUGGUCGCCAAGUGGAGUUGCCUAUUCCAGGAUCUGGCCUGCGGCACUACGUGCGCAGCGCAGGUAGGCUCAUGCAGGGCUCGUUCAUGGGCAGUGCCGUGUUGUCGCCCAACGCCCCUCUGGUGGAUUUUGCGCACUGCAAGACGCCCGUACCGUGCCCUCGAAAACACUCAAAGGACCACUCCCUGUCGUCGACCCCUGGAGCGUCGAGCCUCGCCACGGUGGCUCCGACACAGUCAUCCGCGAAACGGCAAUCUAUGGAGAGUGGUGAGGCGACCACCGCCGAGGCAUACGCGGAAAAUGUGGAGCUACCCGCCUUUCCUCCGCUGAACUUAACGAAGAGAUGGGAAAAUACAAUUCGCGUGGUGUCACCAGCCGACGGAAACGAGCAGCGGGGCCGGCAGGAAAGCGACUCGUCGCUGCGCAAGGAGCUGAGGAGCACGCGGCCACCACCUCCACCGCUCAUUUCAGUCGGAGACCCUAUCUCGGCGAUGACUGCGGCGGUAGCCAGCCUUCGCACCCUGACCAGCGCCAAGACACCGGUGAGGAACGAAGCUCAGGUGGACUCCCAGGAGGGAGUCACUGACGAUACCGGCAGCUGUGACAGCGCGCUGGACAAGUCGGCCUGCUUGCUUUAUCAAAACAUUAUGUUCUCUCCUCUUGACCUCAUACCGAUGGCGCUGGGCGACCAUCAGCACGAAAUGGAGACCUUCCCUGCUGCGGCUACGACGGGUCAUGCGUGA